AUGUCUUUAAUCUGCUUACCAGGAGAAGAUCUCACUGGGCGUAUACCCAAAGAAAAUACCAAAAUUAUCGGUUAUGGUAUUGCUCGUGAUCCCGAUACUGAAGCUUUGGUUGCUCGACAACCGGGAAUUUUCAAACAAGAAGGGGAGAAGUGCUGGCUAAGUGUUCAUUCCAAAAGAUAUGUUGCCGAGAAAGGAGAUCGCGUAAUUGGAAUUGUAACUGGUUCUGCUGGCGACUACUACAAACUCGAAAUUGGAACACCUGAAAAUGCGGUGAUAUCAUUUUUAGCUUUUGAAGGAGCAACCAAGCGUAAUCGACCCGAUCUCAAAAUUGGUGAUGUUAUAUACGCACAGGUGAUGGACGAAUUUGCUCAUGCAGACAUCGAGCUAACUUGCGUCGACGCAGUUUCGAGGUCUAGAGGGAUGGGACUUUUAUCGGGCGGUUUCCUAUUCAAGGUCUCUUGCAACCUGGCACGAAGACUCCUAUCAACUCAUUCACAGUUAUUGAAACUUUUGGGAAAAGAUUAUAAAUUUGAGAUCACUGUCGGACUAAAUGGACGAAUUUGGUUGAAAGGAUCUGUACAUAGAGAUGUU